AUGAUGUAAAACAUCAAUAACAACAACAACAUUUCAAUUAAUAAAAGAAAAUCAGUAACAUCACCUACCAUUUAGAUUCCUCACUUUAGUUCAAAUCAGUUAUCCUCUCUACUUUAAUCUCCAACUAUUAUACCAAUGAAAGCUUUUGACGACAUUGAAAUCAAUCUUAAAGAAAAGGGGGCUUUCAAGAACCUAAGUAAAACAGAGAUAGAGCUUCUUAAAUUGGCAAUUAAAUAUUGGUAAAUUUUGAGCAAAAAUAAGUUCAUUUUAAGCAACGAAACCCCUAAGAUUUAAACUCCAGCCAUGAUGCCUAAAAAUCUUAAUAUCUCUUAGCACUCUUCUUAAAGCUUUCCAAGAAAGAUUCUUUCAUAAAAGGAAUCGAAUCCAAUUAAAGGAAGCAAUGGUUAAUAUUCUUCGUCUAUGUCAAAUAAUAACUAGGACUUUUUAUCUCCUAAAAACAAUCUAAUAUAAAACUAACUCAAUAAUCAAAAUAAUGACAAAAGCUAAUCUAAAAAUUCAACUCUGUUAUAUUCAAAUUGGAAAACUCUAUUAAAAGAACUAGCUAAAUAUAAAUACAGAGACAGGCUAUUUGAUAGAUUUCAUAAAUAUAUUGAUGGCAAAUUACACGAACAAAUGGCUCCUAACAAAAGAAGAGAACAGUUUUAUACUUUUAUUGACCAUAAAAGAAGCCAAUUAGUGGAGAUUGCAAAGAAUGCCGAUCAAUAAAAGACAGAACAAUCAUAGCAUCACCUGUCUAAAAAGUUUCAAGAAAAAUUCAAACAAAUGAAGGACGAUGUAAACAGUUUAAAAACUCAAAUGAAUUUUUACAAUAAAGUAGUUUAAGACAUUAGAAGUAACUCUGUAGAGAAACCAGCUAGCGUAGCAUAACCUAAUUUAAGUGUCACUUAAACUCCUAACAUUACUCUAAUUAAUGAAUAGUCUUAAAAUUUACCUUGUCCUUCAGGACUAGGCUUUAAUAGAGGGUUAAGCUUAAACGGUAACUCUCGAAGUAAGACCAAUCUUUAAGUUCCCUAUGGGAUAUAACAGAAUGCCGAUAAAUCUCCGAGAGGAGGUAACUCAAGUAAUAUGCUACUAAUUAAUUUUAAGCGAUCAAAUGUUAAAUCUAUGAUUGACGAUAUACCCUAAAGUAUUACGAUUGAUGAUGAGUUUAAUAUCCUGAGUUGGUUUCUCAAAACAAUUAUUGGAUUUAUCAAGGAAAGACAAAUAAUAAAAAGCGAUAAAAAGGAAAAUGAAAUUGCUAGGAUAAAAGUUGAUACUAAAUUAAAGGAUGACAAAAAGCUUAAUACUCUUAAUGAGCAUGAUAUUUCAGAUGAAAACAACUCUUCUUUUCUAAAAACAUUUGAUAGCACUAAAUAAAAUGCCUAAAAGACGAUGGGGUCUAAGAAUGAAUCUACAAGUAAUCAAAAUAAAGAUCCCUAAUUCCUAUCAAAGUUUAUUAAGACUUCGAGUAUGAGCGUUCAUAGCAAUAAUAUCAAAAUAAAGCAAAAUCCGAGAACAUAAUCAAACACUGCAUUUACUUCUCCUAGAAUUUUAAUCAAUUAAUCUUAGCUUAAUAAAUCUUCAAUCUAGCUUUCAAACUCACCAAAUAAUAGUAACACUGGCUUGGACUUAUUCUCAAUGAAGAUAAAUUUAGCAAAUGUCAAAAAUGUUUUAAGGAAAAUAAUUCAACUUAUUAAAAAGAAAAUAAGGACAGAAAAGCAAUUUAUAAUAGAUGAUUCAUAGUGUACACUCAAUGAUCCUAAUCUACUUAACUUAAAUGAAGAAGUUUAUCAUAAAAUAGGUGUAUUAUAAGUGGUAAUUAAACUAAUAAGAAGGGAAAAAUUCUAAGAAAUCAUAGAAAUGCGACAUUUACCUGACUUUAACUUGCUAGAUCUAGAUUCUAUAAAAAUAAUAAAAGAAAUGAUUCCAUAAAUUAAAAACAUUUUUGAUUACAAGAAGUCUAUAAUAAAAUUAGCUUUUGAAAAUAAGAGAAGAUAAAAUGAAUUCAGAGAGCAAAAUAUAUUUAGUUUCGAUAAAGUGAAUAUAAAUGGUAUUUAAGGUAAUUCUAGAGAAAGAAUAGAAAAUCAAUAUGUUGCAAUACCACCAUAAAAUAUAAACUAUUCCUAGGAAUACUAAUUGAAAGGGUCUUAGAGAGAUACAUUUAGAGAUAAUCAGGAUAGUGCUCUGAGAAUGUAUGAAUUAUAGCAAGAUAAUUAAAUGGAGGAAAAGGUGAUUGAAGAGGAUCAAUAGUCUCUAGGUCCAGAUAGCUUUAGGACUGAAAAAGAUGAUAAAAGCUAGAAUAAAAUGAAAGAAGCCUAGAAUUAUUUUUUGGCUGAAAGUGUUGAGGAUAAUAAUUCUUAAGUCAAUCGUAAAUUAUUCAUUAAUUAGGGAGAUGAGUAUGUAAAGAAAAAUAAUGCAGAAUCCCAUUACCCUAGAAUACAUUCUAAGCUUAGAAACAAUCCCAAUGAAUUUAGAACUUAAUAAUAGAAUUCAACUUAAGAUGGUUUUAAUUUCAAGGCAAGACCUUACCAAAUUAAGUUCUUCGAGUCUAAUUUCAACCCUUUAAAGUAGCCAUUCCAGAGAAAAACGAUGCAAAAACUUUCACCAAUAAAGAGAAGUUUCAAAAAACAUAUCUCCAAGAAUACUUAUAUUACAAAUAACACUACUAACAUCAUAUUUGAAAACCAGCAGAAUAUUACAAUCAUAAACUAAAAUCAGCCAGGUUAAAAUUCAACAUUUGGAAUGACGAGUUAAAGACCUGGUUCAAUAACUGAUAAUUUUAACGAAUAUUCUGGAUUUUCAUCACAAGCCCCAAUUACAAUUAAGAAUAGAGUACAAUCAGUUAUUGAGUCAUCAAGAAAGCAAAAGAGAGGAGACCCUAAUUAACUAGGCUAUUCAAAAAUAUUCUUUAGAAACCAGAAAGCUUAUCAAAAUAAAGUAUACACUCCAUUAAACAGGGGAUCUCCCACUAGAUUAAAUAGCAAUAAUAGUUCAAUGAAAAACGAACAAGACUAAAUUUAAUGA